AAGUUUUAAUAAUUUAAUUCUAUUAAAGACAAAGUUUUAAAAAAAAGUUAAUAUUUAUUAUGUCAAAGAAUUUUUUUAGUAGUAAUCAGACAGAAGACUUAAAAUUCUACCCUUCAAAUUAUGGUCAUCUCGGAAAAGAAACGUUUUUAGUAGAUAAACGAGAUGCAAAUAUGCAGUCUUGUAUGCAGGAUACAUCAUUUGGGGUUUGGGAGAAUAAGAUGGGAUGGAUUGCUGCUUUUGGUACAGGAGGAUAUCCAAAUGAACCGCCGUUAUUAGAAGAAUUAGGUGUCAAUUUUCUCCAUAUUAAGGGAAAAACAUUGGCUGUAUUAAAUCCAUUAAAAAGUGUCGACGAUCAUAUUAUGGAUGAUAGUGAUUUGGCAGGUCCAAUUCUUUUUUGUCUUCUUUUUGCUACUUUUCUUUUAUUGAGUGGUAAAAGGCAUUUUGGCUACAUUUAUGGUGUUGCUCUCCUUGGCUGUAUUUCUCUUCAUACGAUUUUUUCUUUAAUGUCAUUUCGUGGCUUGCAUUUUUCACGUACUGUAUCAGUACUUGGAUAUUGUCUUUUACCUCUUGUUCUUACUUCUGCAUGUGGAGUUCUUGUUUCCAUGGAUGGACUUGUUGGGUAUAUCGUUUCUUCAGUUGCCAUUCUUUGGUGUACUUAUAGCGCUAGUGCUAUGUUUGUUGUAGCUUUCCAAUUAAACGAAAUGCGAUUUUUAGUUGCUUAUCCUGUUGCAUUGUUUUAUUCUGUUUUUGCUGUUAUGACUGUAUUUGCUGAAAAAAAUGUUUAUGUUAAAUCUUAACC